UGCGGCAUUUUACAAUUACAAACCAACUUCCUUUCAUGAAGAAACUAGAAUAUGCAUUUAAUAACAUGGUGCAGUAUAGUAGGGGUAGGUAUCUGGGUUUAUGUAGGCAGUUCGAUUUGUAUAUCAUAUUCACAUGACGGCGGAUAUCGUGGCAGAUAUUUGACCUGCUACGCCCAGCUCUUCCGAACGUACGAAACAGAAUUGCAAGCGAAUCGUGGAUUGUAUGCAUACAUGCAUGCAUAUGUUCAGGCAACCGAUGCCGUGAUGCAAGAUGAUCUAUGCUGCAUGUUUGAAAAAAAAGAACCCACCUGUGCAGUUGCCCAUGCAUCGCGCCAUUAGCUGCGAUAGCUACGAUAGCUGGUACACCACUUUUAUCUCGAGGAACUUGGCUGCCGAGCAAAGAUAGUUCAUCAGACCAUGUACAAUAUUCGACACCGACUUUGAUUUCCACGGGUCGCU